UUUUCUAACCGCAAAACUGAGUCAUAAUUCUUAGGAUCACAUUAGCAGAUGAACUGAGAUACUCGUUCGAAGGACAGAAAUACAACCUCAACGUAUCAACAAUCAAUUAAUCAACAAUGUUGAGGAAAUUUAGCAAAGUGAGGAUUUCAGAGACAGGAAUAAAGGAUAAAAUAUCUCACAAUAUUCUUUGAAUUAUGAAAUUUCUGGAAAUAAAUAUAAAUAUAGAUCGUCAGCCCUGUUGAUAUAACUUUUAAAUAUGAGUUGCACUUUUAAUCAAAGAGACAUUUUAAUAUGCAAUGAAAAUUCGGUGAAAGGUAUUCAUCAACAAACCAAGCUUUUGAUAUCGUUUUUGAAGGAAGUGUCGUACUUAACAGAAGCAUACAUUUUGGAUUAUUUUGUUGAAUCAUUGUGGACUAAAAUACCAUCUAGUUGGCAUGAUGUUAUACAGAACUCUGAAACUUCAGAUUUAGCUAUGUUUCUUAAAUAUGAAGAAAGUGUUAAGUCUCAGAAGCCUUGGCCAUUAAGUUUAUUGUCAAUAAGAGCCUGUAUAUCAUCUUUAUCGUUAUAUCGUAAAUCAAUUAUUUCACCUCAAGCCAUACUAAAUUUUCUCACUCAAACAUAUAAAGUAGAUCCUAAAAUCCCAAUUAUCCAAGAGGAAUUUAGUUCAGAUAAUGAUUGGAGUUCUUCUGUGGAUGAAUUUAAUAGUAAAUCUUGUCAACAUAAGAAAAUCCCAUCUUUUUGUAGGAGACACGUGAAACCUAAAAAGCAACAUGAAAUUUUCCGCAUUGCAAAAGUUACUGACAUCAUGUUGUCAAAUUUUAAUCUAAAAAAUAUCAUUGACAUUGGGUCUGGGCUUGGUCACCUUUCUAGAUUUCUGAAUUUAACUUACAAUUUUAAUGUGACAACUGUCGAAGCAAAUCAUCACAAUGUAUCUGGGGCUGUAGCUUUAGAUAAACAAGCUUUCUGCUCUUUAAAGAAGUUAAAGAAAGAGACACCUGACACUCUACCACAUCAUGUAAAAGAAUGUAUGAAGUUUACCUCUUCUGAUGCAUGCCUGAAAAAAGUCAUUUCUGAAACAUGCUUCUCUUCAAAAAGUUCAUCACCUGGUAAAAACAGGAUGCAUUGAUAUUGAAAGCUGGAG